AUGGCAGAUGAUAGGAAAGAUGAAGCUAAGGCACCACACUGGACUUCGGGUCAGAUAGCAGAAGCUUCUUCACAUCCACAUGCCGCAGAGAUGAAGGAACAAAGUGGCACAGGGGAAGGACUGGUCAGAAGUUCUAAUGGGUUUCCAUACAAAGAGGAUGAAGCUGGAGAAUAUGGUGCACUUGGACCACAGAGUUCAUAUUCCAGGACCAAAGAAAAUGGAAUCAAUGGAGAACUAACUACAGGAGAGAAAGACACUGCAGAAGAAGUAUCUGCAAGAAUAGUCCAAGUAGUAACUGCUGAAGCUGUGGCAGUUCUGAAAAGUGAACAGGAAAAAGAAGCUCAGCUCAAAGAUCAGCCAGCGCAAUUACCUUUAGCAGUUGAAGAGACAGCUAACCUGCCUCCUUCUCCACCCCCAUCACCUGCGUCAGAGCAGACUGGAACCCUGGAAGAAGCUGCUGGUGGUGAAAUAAACCAGACGCCUGGGGUGUUUAAGCAAGCAAAGGAAAAACUUUCGGAUGGAAUAACCAAGAGUCCUGAAAAGCGCUCCUCUUUACCAAGACCUUCUUCCAUUUUACCCGCCCGAAGAGGUAUCUCAGCAGACAGAGAACGAGAUGAAAAUUCUUUCUCCUUGAACAGUACCAUCUCAUCUGUACGACGAACUACGAGAUCAGAGCCUAUUCGAAGCCGAACAGGAAAAAGUGGUACAUCAACUCCAACUACUCCAGGAUCAACUGCCAUCACUCCUGGAACCCCACCUAGUUAUUCCUCUCGCACUCCAGGAACACCUGGGACCCCUAGUUAUUCCAGAACCCCACAUACACCGGGUACUCCCACAUCUGCAAUUCUGGUACCCACUGAGAAAAAAGUUGCUAUCAUACGCACACCUCCGAAAUCUCCAGCAACCCCUAAGCAACUUCGUCUGAUUAAUCAACCUCUACCAGAUCUCAAGAAUGUCAGGUCCAAAGUUGGGUCAACAGACAACAUCAAGUAUCAGCCUAAAGGGGGGCAGGUUAGGAUUUUAAACAAGAAGAUUGAUUUUAACGAUGUUCAAUCCAGAUGUGGUUCAAGAGAUAACAUCAAUCAUUCAGCAGGGGGAGGAAAUGUGCAAAUUGUAACCAAGAAGAUAGACUUGAGUCAUGUGACUUCUAAAUGUGGUUCCCUGAAGAAUAUCCGUCAUAGGCCAGGAGGGGGUCGAGUGAAAAUCGAAAGUGUGAAACUGGAUUUUAAAGAAAAGGCCCAAGCCAAGGUUGGGUCACUUGAUAAUGCUCACCAUGUGCCUGGAGGAGGUAAUAUCAAGAUUGACAGCCAGAAACUCAAUUUCCGAGAGCAUGCAAGGGCCCGUGUGGACCAUGGCGCUGAAAUCAUCACCCAGUCUCCUGGCCGAUCAAGUGUGGCUUCCCCUCGGAGGCUCAGCAACGUGUCCUCUUCCGGCAGUAUCAACCUGCUUGAAUCUCCUCAACUUGCCACCCUGGCUGAAGAUGUUACUGCAGCCCUCGCUAAACAGGGCUUAUGA